CCCCGCGCGGGCAGAUUUCCGCUUCCGGGUGGUACUUCCUUGUGGCGCGUCUGGAAGCUCAGCGGUUGCCAUGGAGCUGUUGGGCGAGUACGUCGGGCCGGAUGGACAACGGCAGCAGCUGGGGGUGUCUUGUGACUCGGCGGGCGACGCCGACCCUUUUCAGAGUCUGUUGUCCGGCAUAGCCCAGAUGAGGGAGCUGGUGGCUGAGUAUUUCGACCCCCUGGCACAGUGGGAAGCUCAGGACCGGNUGGUGGCGGCGGCUCCCGACGAGGCCUUGGACGGUGAUGAAGAUGAUGCAGAAGAUGAAAAUAACACUGAAAACAGAACUAACUCAGAAGGACCAUCUGCAAAACGGCCAAAACCACCAUCUUAACAAUAGCUUUUAUGAAAUUUCAAAGACUUCUACCAUAUCUUAGUUAUCACACACUGACAAUUAAGGAAGACUUGUGCUCUAAUUUGGAAAAGCAUUUGUUUUGUUUCCCUGGGACAGUUUUGUCAAAGAAAAUUUUCUUCUUUUUCCAGCCAAGAAAGAUGUAAUAUUUAGAAAUGAAUCUGUUUUCUUGAAUGAGAAAUUUUAGACCAUGGAAAUAAUAAAGAGCACUUUAUGAUGUAUAAAAUC